AUGGACGAAAUUCAAGUAUGGAAACAUAUGGUUAAAUGGGGACAUGCUCAAAAUCAAGAACUUCCUUCUGAUCUUACAAAUUUUUCAAAAGAAAGUGGAAAUUCGCAGUUUAGUGAAAGUUGUGAUGAAGCUUUUAACUCUACUAAAGAUAGUUUUAUAUUCUCUUUUAAAGAUAGUGAUGAUAUUGAAAGUUAUAUUUUAAGUCGUAUAAAAUUUGAAAAAUAUGUUAUAUACACAGUGAAAUUCGAUAAACCGGAUCUAUGA